AUGUCAGGUCCACUCAUUGCAGUGCCUGAAUUUGGAGGUGAGCCGGAAGGCUCUAUCCAAUCUACUGAUUUCUUAAAGAAAUUCCGUCGUUUCAUGAUGUACCUGCAUAUCACCGAGGACGAACGCAUGGUGGAGAGCUUCGGCGACCACCUCAAGUCCAGCUCCCCAGCAGAGGAGUGGUUCAAGGAGCAAGAUGCCUCAAAGAAGGCGUUCAAAGUCGUCGAGGCGGCGUUUUUAGAGCGCUUUCCGCCAGUGGCGAAGGCAAAGAAGACGGAGACGGAAUUGGAGAGGGACUUAUGUGAGCUGCGGCUUAAGGUGGAGGAGUUGGGGAAGAUGGAGAAGUACCAGGGGGAGGAUGUCUGGUCCCACGUCGUCUUCGCCGAAAAGGCGCUCAGUCUCGCAAAGCAAGCUAAAAUCAGCACGGGCACCAACUCCAUCUGGAAAGUCCGCGACGAAUUGCCGGAAAUCAUACGCCAGAAAGUGAAGGAGACGUACGCGAACUGGACCGAGUUUUGCAGUGCGAUAAAGGAGGUGGAGAUGAGCCAUAUUAGGGACGGGGUGAAGAAGUAUCAGAAGGAGAAGGAGGAGAAGGAGAAAGUUGAUGCCGCGAUAGCAGGCUUACACCGCGCACAGCAGCAGCAACGCCGUCCACCACAGCCCACCGUUCCCUUAUCGCCAAUGUCGAACGCUAGCAAUGCAUUGCAAUCAAUGACUAUUCGAAACACACGAAGCACCCCAGCUGCAACCACCAAUACCACCCAGCCUGCAGCCGCCACCAAUGCCAACCCCUUCACAAGCUCAACAGGGGGCCGAGGCAAUCUCUUUCCGCCAGUAACCAACACUGACCGAGACACACUCCGAAACAGCCUCACGUUUUACCCUCUGCAGCCCAACACGCAGGAGGGUAACAGGGUGUGGAUAGAGCAGGCUCGUGAGUGGAUGGCGAAGCAUGGGAACGGUCCUGUCACCAUUGCUACAGGAUUUCCGCUGCGUCCAGGAGGAGCGCCCCCAGGCUCAGGAGAAUGUUACGGCUGUGGUUAUACAGGCCACCACCGUAACAGUGGGCAAUGCACCACAGAGCUUAUCAACCAUCGCGAACGCACUUUCCGAACCAUCUGUGGGCGAAUCCUGCGCUCUGCAUCAGCGGCCCAGGUCAAUCUCGUGGACGACGCAGUCGACAAUUUUCAAAGCUGGCUCGGAGACAGUGCGCUAACAUCUACAAUGAAUCAGGGAAAUGGGGAAGGGCCGCCUGCAUAA